GCACCAAACACGCCGAACCCCAAACCACACCUCAACAUGGCCCGAGGAAGCAGCCAGCGGAAGAAGCAGUCGGCCACGGACCGGCAGAAGACGAAGCAGCCGCUCGAUGGCAGGCCCAAGAGCAUGGUCAUCCGCAUCGGCGCCCAGGACGUCGGCAGCAGCGUCAGCCAGCUGGUGCAGGAUGUGCGCCAUGUCAUGGAGCCCGACACGGCCGUGCGAUUGAAGGAACGACGCGCCAACAAGCUCAAAGACUACACCACAAUGUGCGGCCCUCUCGGCGUCUCCCACCUGCUCCUCUUCUCGCGCUCAGAGUCCGGCAAUACGAACCUACGUCUCGCCCGCACACCGCGCGGUCCAACCCUGCACUUCCGCGUCGAGAACUACUCGCUCUGCAAGGACAUCAUAAAGUCGAUGAAGCACUACCGCGCCGGCGCAACAGACUUCCAAGUCGCGCCGCUGCUCGUAAUGAACAACUUCCUGACCUCCGACGCCGAACGAGAACGCCUGGGCGACAAAGCGCCCCCAAAGCACCUCGAGAAGCUGGUAACAGACAUGUUCCAAGGCCUCUUCCCGCCAAUACAACCCCACACGACACCCCUGCACACGAUAAAGCGCGUCCUACUCCUCAACCGCGAGCCCCCCACAGAAGAAGGCGGCACCUGCACCAUCUCCCUGCGCCACUACGCCAUCACCACCAAGAUCACAGGCGUGCCAAAAGCCCUGCGCCGCCUCUACGCCGCAGAGAAGCUCAUCGGCAGCAAGGACAAGAAGAAGCGCGACCUGCCCAACCUCGGCGGCCUCACAGACGUCGCAGACUACAUGCUCGACCCCUCCGCCGCAGGCUACACGUCCGCCUCGGAAACCGAAGCAGACACCGACGCCGAGGUCGAGGUCGCCACCCAGGUCCGCCAGAAAGUUCUCUCGCGCCGCGAAAAGGAACGCCUCGCUGCUGGCGACGAGCCGAGUCGUGCCCGCGCAAAGGGCGGGAAACCCCGCGUCGAGAAGCGUGCUGUCAAGCUGGUUGAGCUCGGCCCCCGCAUGGUCCUCCGCCUGACAAAGGUCGAGGAGGAUGUCUGUGGUGGCCGCAUCAUGUGGCACGAGUACAUCACAAAGAGCAAGAAGGAGAUGCAGGACAUGGAGACCAAGUGGGCGCAGAGGAAUAAGGAGAAGGAGGAGAGGCGACGCAUUCAGAAGGAGAAUAUUGAGAAGAAGAGGAAGGAGAGGGGUGAGAAAGGCGAGGGUGCCGAGGGGGCUGAGGGCGAGGAGGAAGAAGACGAGGAGAUGGAUUAUGGAGAUUACGACAUGGAUGACGAUGUCUGGAACGACGAGGCGGAUGCGGGUGAAGGCGAGGACGAGGAUGAGGAUGAGGAUGAUGAGGAGAUGGAGGACGAGUAGGCUGGACAUAGUCGAUAAUGAUACCCCCUCCAUCCAUCCACAUACCCUCACAACCCAACACGUCACCCCCUCACCUUCCGAAUCACCACCCUAUCCCCCUCCGCCAACUCCCACCCCACACCAUCCUGCACCAGUUCCUCCCACCCCCGCUCCGCACACCUCUCCACAAACCGCCUCUCAGCCCCCAAAUACCCCUUCCCAAGACACUUCAACGCAUGCACCCUCACCCCCUGAUCCGCAAACCCCAUAACCGCCCUCUGAUACCCAUCAACCGCACGUCUCAUCUUCCAAUACACGACCCAAUUAUCCUGCACGAGCGCGCCCAGCACCGCCUCAACGCGGCGGUCCUUGUACCGGAAGCGGAGCUUCGUCUCGCGCGCGAGCGGCACGUCGGACUGGCGGCACGCUUGGUCGAGGAUCAGAAGGC